AUGAACGUAAUACCAACACAUGUCUGGAUUGGACCUAACUCUUCGAUCCUUGUUGAAGCAAACUCCAUCUUUUUCGGAAGCGUUCAGGUGGACAAGUUGAAUGGUUCUGAAUCUGGUCUUCAGCUAUUUGGGUUCUAUACAUCUCCUCGUGUUAAUGUAGUGAACUGGUCUGAAUCUCGUUUGGUGUCUCUCUCACCUAGGUCUUCCAAGGGAUGGCCUUACUAUCUGAACGAAAGAGCUUCGUUAAAUAUUUCAUAUACGGUGAAACCUGAAGGCUGUUCAGUUCGGCUUGCGGUUGAUGAAGGUUGGUUGAUAUUAUGUUUGUGUUAUUGCUUGUCUUUCUCCUAUAUAUGGUUGCAUGUUGUUAAUAAAAAUUCUUUUACAGGGAGUGGUAUGAUUCAAGUGAACAUAAGUAAUUCUGGAAGUUAUCAACUUGCUGUGACUAACCCAAACUUGAAGGACGUAGAGGUGGAAUUGGAUAUUGAUGUGACGGCUGUCGUGUAUGACACUAAAGAAGCAUUCUACAAGUGUAACUUCAGUAACAGCGAGUGCACAUUCAAUACAAUACCUUUUGUUUUAACUUCACCAGCACCGAGACAGGGACUAUUAGCUGAAGAACAAGAAUGGGUUAUCAGAAUCUCGUAUCAAGCUAACUGGAUCGUAGAUAGCAUUGUCAUAGGCUUGAUUGUCUUCAUGCUGGUAGCUAUACAAAUCUAUAAAAAGUAUGCUGGGGAAGAUGAAUAUGUAAUAGAUGAUGAUUCAUCGAUUGUAAGUCUACUUGUAAACAACGAUGACGAUGGUCCCAGCAUGAAAUAUUCAUGCACUGAGUCUUUAGCAGCAUGUGAUGCUGAUGUUGAAGACUCUAUUGGUAAUAAAAGUGAAGAAAUGUGUGCAACUAGAUCUCGUUGUGACAUUUGUUUUGAUGCCCAACGAGAUUGUUUUUUCCUCCCAUGUGGCCAUUGCGUCUCUUGUUAUCAAUGUGGAACAAAGUAA